AUUGACAAUAACAUCAAAGGUCAUGAAAGUCUAGGCCUUUAUUUUUAUUUUUAUUUUUAUUUUUGUUUUUUGAUGGCAAGUUGUGUUUGUUCAAUCAAUCAUAAAAAAAAGGUGUUUCUCCCAAUAUAUCUUCCCCUGUUUUUCUCAUGGAACCAAAGGGCUCAAAUUACAAUCCACAAGAGGUGCCCACCUUAUUGGGUCAUUCCCCAAAAGCAGACAUGGCAGAGAACAAACCUGCUGAAAUCAAGGACUUCCAAAUUAUGAUUGCAAACAAAGAAGAUAACAAGAAGCAAUUAGCUCCCAAGAGAAACUCCAACAAAGACCGCCACAAAAAAGUUGAUGGCAGAGGAAGAAGGAUAAGGAUGCCAGCUCUUUGCGCCGCCAGGGUUUUCCAAUUGACCAGGGAAUUGGGUCACAAAUCUGAUGGUGAAACCAUUCAGUGGCUUUUACAGCAAGCUGAGCCGUCGAUCAUCGCCGCCACCGGUACCGGGACUAUUCCGGCUUCUGCUCUGGCUCUAACAGGGUCCUCUGUUUCUGAACAGGGGAACUCUGUUUCCUCUGCUUUGCAUACAAAGAUGGAAGAGCUGGGACCAGGAGGAAUUGGGUCUGUAGGUAGGGCCAACUGGGCAUUUAUGAGUGGGAACUUGGGCAGAUCUCAAUUGCCAAGUGGGGUUUGGCCUUCUCUAAGUGGGGUUGGAUCAGGGUUUAUCCAAAAUCCCGGUCAGUCAACGUCGAAUUUCGCAAGUGAAAACUUGAACAUGCUGCCCAAGUUUGGAUUCCAUGGAUUUGACUUUCCUGGUAUGAAUUUGGGUUCGAUGAGUUUUCCUACAAUAUUGAGUGGAAAUAACCAGCAAGUUCCUGGUUUAGAGCUUGGUCUUUCGCAGGACGGUCAUUUUCGGGUUAUUAACUCUGAGGCUUUGAGCCAGCUUCAGCAGCAGAUGGGGCAGAGACCUCAGCAAGAAUCUCCAGAGAAAGAUGAUUCUCAAGGAUCAAGAGGGUAGACAGAAACUUCAAAAAGUAGAUGAACAAGAUAGGAAGAAUAUUCAAACUCAAGUGGGAUAUAAUAUAAUUGAAUUUGGAGGGUUUGAUUAAGGCUCUGACUUGCUUGGUUUCCCUUCAAUUUUACCAAAAAUUUUCAUUCUAUCAGGAUGAACUAUGCAAGGAAGAAGAUAAACAGGUUUUUCUAAGGUUUGGAUUUUGAUUUAAGUUUCUUAUUUGUAUUUUAGAGUGUAUUUAUUAAAGUUACUUUACUGGCUCUGCCAGGCAAUUUUUGCUUACAGUUUUGCUUACCAGAAUGGAAAAUUGUCUGUUUAAGAAAAUUCAACAGGAAAAAUCAUAUUAUUAUAUUUGCUCAAGCAAUAUUGGAUUCCUUA